AUGCCCGUGGCAUCGAAAACAAAGACCAAGCGGGCUUCCGCUUGGUCUCAGCCGAACAACCCUAUCCUCAACCCGACCCCAGACUCGGAUGUUGAUAUGGAUGAUGAAACGAGUUCAGAUGAGGAUGACGUUCCUGAAAAGGACGCGGCUGAGUUGAAGCUUGAGCGCAUGCUUUUCGGUGAUGGUGAAGGUUUCAUGAACGCAUUGAAGAGCCAGCAGGAGCGGGCCGAUGCCAUGCAGCUCACUCUGCACAGUGAUUCUGAGAAUGAGAGUGCCGACGAGGGCGAGGAUGAGGGCAAGAAGGUUGAUUUCGAGGACAUGGCCGAUGAGGAUCUCUUCUUCCUUGACGCUGGCACUGCGGCCGAUCCAGAUCUUAUCUCCCCAGAAACUCCAUCUGACGACGUCGAAGACGACGAGGCUACCGCCGCUAUUUGGCAUGACAGCGAUGACGAGCGACUUGCUGUCUCACUCACAGGACAAGCCAAAUUGCGCAAAUUGCGCACGACUGAGUCAGAAGAUGUUGUUAGUGGCAAGGAAUACGUCCGGCGAUUGCGCAUGCAAUUCCAGCGCUUGCAUCCCAAUCCCGAUUGGGCCAACCCCGAGCUAGCAGCUAAGCGUCGUAAGACCGACUGUGAUGAUUCUGAUCUAGAAAUGGACUCCGAUGAAGAGGAUGGACAACUUUCUAUGCAGCCGCUGGCCAAGCUACUUCAAAAUGCCUCUGAUUUAACCCGUAUUGAUGACAAUACCCGGUCAGGCACUAAGCGCAAGUUGCGCCAGGAGACGCUAGAUAUCCAGCGAUUGAAGGAUGUUGGAAAGGCACAACCGUCUUCUAUUGAUUCGCUUUCUUUCCACCCCCACUACCCACUCUUGAUGUCCUCCGGACCUGCCUCAACUUUAUUCCUCCACCACAUAUCCCCCUCUGCCCCAUCUCCUAACCCCCUCUUGACCUCUCUGCACAUCAAGCGCACUCCAAUCCACACAUCUGCAUUCGCAUCACCCUCCGGAAAUAGGAUCUUUGCCUCCGGCCGUCGACGAUACUUCCACAUUUGGGAUCUGGAUUCCGGCAAAGUGGAUAAGGUCAAUGGAUCUGCAGAUCGAAAAGAGGAACAGAAAUCCAUGGAGCGCUUCAAACUUUCUCCAUGCGGCCGCUAUGUCGGCCUAGUCGGCACCUCUCGCAAGGGCGGUGGUCUGAUUAACAUUCUAGACUCCAAGACAGCACAGUGGGUCGCACAGGUGCGUGUUGACGGCCGCGGCGGUGUGGCCGACUUCGCCUGGUGGUCCAACGGCGAGGGCAUGACUGUCGCCAGUAAGAGUGGUGAGAUCUCCGAGUGGGACGGCCAGCUGCGUCGUGUCGUGGCGCGCUGGCUCGAUGCUGGUGCCGUUGGUACCACAGUCCUGAACCUUGGUGGCCGCUCCGGCCGUACCCAGCUCGGUGGUGACCGCUGGGUCGCUGUAGGAAGCUCAAGCGGUGUCGUCAACGUUUAUGACCGUCGUGAUUGGGCUACUUCCUACGCCACUGCUUCUCCUGCGGAGAAGGACGGUCCGUCACAGGCCGGUAUCCCGCGCAGCCCGACCCCCGUCCGCUCAUUGGAUCAGCUUACUACACCUAUCAGUCAUCUGGUCUUCGCACCAGAUGGACAGAUGCUAGUUAUGGCAAGUAGAUGGAAGCGUGAUGCCCUGCGACUUGUUCAUCUCCCGUCCUGCACAGUCUAUCGUAAUUGGCCCACCUCUAACACCCCGCUUGGCCGUAUCUCUUCCGUGGCCAUCUCGCCUAAUUCCGAGCAAUUGGCUGUUGGUAACGAGCAAGGUCGUAUUCGCAUGUGGGAGAUUAGAGGGUAG